CCUAUAAAUACUGGCACAACGCCUUUCCGUUCACUUCAAGCCAAGCAAGAAGAAGCAGUCAGAAAACAGAAAGAGUUUGCCAGUUUAUUCCUCUAAAUUAUUAUUCAAAAUGCGUGAAAUUGUACAUUGCCAGGCCGGUCAGUGCGGAAACCAGAUUGGUGCUAAGUUUUGGGAGGUGAUCUCCGAUGAGCACGGAAUCGACCCUACUGGCACAUACCACGGCGAUUCCGACCUCCAGCUCGAAAGAAUUAACGUUUACUACAACGAGGCAACCGGCGGGAAAUAUGUUCCCCGUGCCAUCCUCGUCGAUUUGGAGCCAGGAACCAUGGAUUCCGUUCGAUCUGGACCUUUCGGACAGAUCUUCAGACCAGAUAACUUCGUUUUCGGCCAGAGUGGCGCUGGAAACAACUGGGCAAAGGGCCACUACACAGAAGGAGCCGAAUUGGUCGACUCAGUUCUCGAUGUUGUGCGCAAAGAAGCCGAAAGCUGCGAUUGUCUACAAGGCUUCCAGCUCACACACUCCCUCGGAGGCGGCACAGGCUCCGGCAUGGGAACCCUUCUCAUCUCCAAAAUCAGAGAAGAGUACCCCGACAGAAUCAUGAACACAUUCAGCGUUGUGCCGUCGCCGAAGGUUUCUGACACCGUGGUGGAGCCAUACAACGCCACCCUAUCCGUCCAUCAGCUGGUAGAGAACACAGAUGAGACCUACUGCAUCGACAACGAGGCCUUGUACGACAUCUGCUUUAGGACCCUCAAACUAACCACACCAACCUAUGGUGACCUGAACCAUCUCGUGUCUGCUACCAUGAGUGGUGUCACAACCUGCCUUAGAUUCCCUGGACAGCUCAAUGCUGACCUAAGGAAGCUGGCUGUCAACAUGGUACCCUUCCCACGUCUCCACUUCUUCAUGCCUGGCUUCGCUCCCCUCACCAGCCGUGGCUCCCAGCAGUACAGAGCCCUGACCGUCCCUGAGCUCACCCAACAGAUGUUCGAUGCCAAGAACAUGAUGGCUGCCUGUGACCCACGCCACGGACGCUACCUCACCGUUGCUGCCAUGUUCCGUGGCCGCAUGUCCAUGAAGGAAGUUGAUGAGCAGAUGCUGAAUGUGCAGAACAAGAACAGCUCAUACUUCGUUGAAUGGAUCCCCAACAACGUAAAGACCGCUGUGUGCGACAUCCCACCACGUGGUCUGAAGAUGUCCGCUACGUUCAUUGGCAACAGCACUGCCAUCCAGGAGCUGUUCAAGCGCAUCAGCGAGCAGUUCACUGCUAUGUUCAGGCGCAAGGCUUUCUUGCAUUGGUACACUGGUGAGGGUAUGGAUGAGAUGGAGUUCACUGAGGCUGAGUCCAACAUGAACGACUUGGUGUCUGAGUACCAGCAAUACCAGGAUGCUACCGCUGAGGAGGAGGGCGAGUUUGACGAGGAGGAGGAGGAGGAAGCUGAGCAGGCUUAGAUACCUAGAAUUGACCUAAACACCCUAUCUGAUACCUGACCCCAACCCUGUAAAUUUUCUUUUAUAUACUAAAAUAUUUGCUUGCAUUAAUGACCACCAUGUAUGGUUAUUUAUGAAGAAUUAUCUAAAACCCUGAAAAAUACUUAUGUAGCUUGUGUUUGAAUUCUUGUGAAAUAAAUAACAAAAGAAUUCAGCCUUA